UCAACAAGUAUCAACUUUUACAUUUAAAAAAAAGCUGGUGACAUUUUCAAAAUGUUUCAUGCAUGCGUUUAGUUUCAAUUUUGAUCGCGUUAACGUUCGGUCUGCCCCAAAAUUAGGCAAACCACAAACCUUGCAUCUCUGCACUUAAACAAACGUGACCCGUAUGUUUUCAAAUAAAUCCCGAAACAACAAAACAUUUUUUUUUAUUGUUCGAGGAAAACAUUUCAGGGAAUAACGACGAAUCCGCGCACGCGCAAACCGUCGGCGUGAUGACGCGUUCGCCGUCAGGCGACUACAAUGCGGGGACUUCUCUUUCCUUGUCAUUUUUUGUCUUCGGGAGGUCGUAAGACUGGCAGAAAAACUUGGCAUGGCGAUGAUGAAGCGGUAAAACAAGUCGCGCGGGGAAAAUGCCGAGCGCGGAGUACGGGGAGCUCGGGGGCAGCCUGCCCGCCAUCGCCUCGCUGAACGCGUCGUACUCCACCUCGCUGUCGCUGCCGUCCCCGUACCUGCUGCUGCCGCCGCCCGCCGAGCGCAAGCUGAUCUCGGACGUCCGCCGCACCUUCUGCCUUUUCGUCACCUUCGACCUGCUCUUCAUCUCGCUGCUGUGGAUCAUCGAGCUCAACCUCUCCAGCACCAUCUGGGACAGCUUGGAAAAGGAAGUCAUUGACUACAACUUUAGAUCUUCUUUCUUUGACAUCUUUCUCCUGGCGCUGUUCCGCUUCCUGUGCCUGCAGGUGGGCUACGCCGCCUUCCGGCUGAGGCACUGGUGGGUGAUCGCGGUCACCACACUCGUGACAAGCGUCUUUCUCGUAGUGAAGGUCAUCGUUUCUAAUCUUCUUUCCCAGAAUGCAUUUGGCUACGUGCUGCCUAUCGCCUCCUUCGUGGUGGCCUGGCUGGAGACCUGGUUCUUGGACUUCAAGGUGCUCACGCAGGAGGCGGACGACGAGCGAGCUUACCUGGCGGCGGUUAACGCCGCUUGUGAGCGCGCCCCCAUCAUGUACCCCCGCGCCGUGUCUGAUGGACAAUUCUAUUCUCCACCUGAAUCGGUUGCAGGCUCCGAGGAGGAUCUCGACGAGGAGGGUCUCGGCCGGCGCGCCGUCACCGCUCAGGAGAAGGAGUUUGUGCGACAAGGGCGUGAGGCGAUGACCAUAUUGGAGCAGAUUCUCGCCCAGGAGGAGAACUGGAAGUUUGAGAAGAACAAUGACAUGGGUGACUCGGUCUACACCCUGGAGAUUCCAUUCCACGGCAAGACGUUCAUCCUCAAGGCCUUCGUGCAGUGCCCUGCUGAGCUGGUUUACCAGGAGGUCAUCCUGCAGCCUGAGAAGAUGGUCCUGUGGAACAGAACCGUGUCUGCCUGCCAGAUCCUCCAGCGGGUUGACGACAACACGCUGGUGACGUAUGACGUCUCGGCCGGGGCGGCCGGAGGAGUGGUGUCCGCCCGGGACUUUGUAAAUGUCCGGCGGGUGGAGCGCAAACGUGACUGCUACUUAUCUGCCGGGAUGGCCACCGAUCACGACGCCAAGGCGCCCAGCGGACGUUACGUCAGGGGGGAGAACGGUCCCGGCGGCUUUGUGGUGCUCAAAUCCAGCACCAACCCGUCCGUCUGCACCUUCAUCUGGAUCCUCAACACGGACCUGAAGGGUCGACUACCGCGCUACCUCAUCCACCAGAGUCUGGCCGCCACCAUGUUCGAGUUCAUGUCCCACCUCCGCCAGCGCAUUGUGGAGUUGCGGCCCGCCGUGCGCUGCCACCGCCAACACCACGCGUGCUAGGACAACACCAAAAACCGUGACAAAGGAGGGAGGAGGCGUCCCUGCCGCUCGGCUCUUCUUAAGCCGAGCAGACGUGACGCACGCGUUUGACCGCGCUUUGGCAAACAAUGCGGCAACUAUGACUGAACUUUUUUUCUGAGCCUUCUUUCUGCGCUCUUUGGCCUGAUCGUUCACUUUAUUUUUUUCCCCCUCCGUUCAACAAUUUCCCGACUUAGUCACCAGAGGGAGACAGCACAAGUCGAAGCUGAUCUUGCCUUCGAGUGCCAAAAACAGGAAAGGAAAAAAAAAAAAAAGAGGCAGCUUAGUAGAGUUGCAAAAGUGUGGUAAGUUUCCAGUAAAUUUCCAUGGUUAUUUAAGAUCGGGGAUUUCAGAAAUUAUCCCAAUUGAAAACUUUCCACACUAUUUACCCGGGAAGUCAGGGUAAUUUAAUGGAAAUGUGUAAUAUUUUAGCACAAUAGAAUCAUUUUGUAUUAUCAGAAGCAGACAUUCAUGCAAUAUAAAUAGCUCUCCUUGAGCACUUGCAAGGGGUUUACAGUACCUUAAUUCAAUUUUUUUUUUUUUAACCAUUACUGAAGCUUGCUUAUGCCACCACUUUGGGGAAAAAAAAAAAAAAAUCGACCAAACGACAAUUCCCAACUGGAAAAACACGCCCGUUGCGGCACCUGUAAAUCUACGUACCACUGUAUUUGCAUGAAAUCUGGUUUAGUCUCGAUUAUGACAAAAUACAUUUUCCCCAUUUUCUAUUUAAAUUCCCUAUUAAGAAAGAGCCAAACUUCACUUUCAUAAAUUGUUUUAUGCCCCUUCAUUCAGAUUAAUUCCCAUAAAAUUCCGUCAAUUCCCAGGAAAAAAUAUACAAAUUAGAAAAUUCCCAGAACUUUGCAACUCGAGUACCAAUCACCGUUUGUAGUUCAAUAACAGCACAAUAAUAUCCAAGAACCUGAGUUUCACAUUCUCAAUAAUUCAUGUGAAGCUAUUUGAUUGUGCUACAAAAAAACAAAUGCAAACUACGCUCCCUCUUCAAUAUUCCCUACAGGCAUAGCGCGUCAAACACUGCACCAAAAAGCACCUUGCAUAGAGAUGCAAAUAUUUGACUUUAAAUACAAAAAUAAUGUAAAUUAAAGCUAGGAGCUGUGAAGAAUGGGCCAGCAGUCAAGUUUUUUUUUUUUUUUUUUAACCAUUCAGGGACCGUUUCAGUCCAUCCUAAAUUCAUGAAAAAUAUGCAGCGAGGGAACAAGUGUUAUUAUAUUUUACGACUAUUUGUGAGGAUGACCAGCGCUAGUUAAUUACAAGUAUAAACAUUUUGGCCAAAAAUCACAGAAACAUUGUUUUGUGAGGUUUUUUUUUUUUUUUUUUAAAUCCCCCUUUCGUUCUAAUGAAAGCAGCAUAACGUGAUGAUCCAGGCCAAAGAGAACAGAUUGUUCUACGCUCACAUUCAGCGGCAGACAUGUGAGUGCGGAAAAUGUCAAACGGGGUUCAUGAUCCGUGGCGGCGUUUUCAGUGCCUUCAAUGCAAAUCUUUGCUUUGUGUCUUAAUGAACGCGCCGUUUUUUAACGCUGUCUCUCACACCCAUUAUACUGUACUUGUUUACACAAAUGUCGUCUUUUGAACUCAUAAUGACAAACUGACCGUAUAUUUUUUUUUUAGCUAGUGUCU